CCGGAAGCGAGGGAACCCACGUGGGAGCUUGGGAGGGGACAGUCGUAGCUCUCUAGUCCAGUUGUGGGGAAUGCGGCCUGUUUCUUCCUGUCCGAGAGAGCUCGGCGGAGGCAGUUGUCGAGUACCCUUCACCCCUGUGUUGGGAGCCUGGGAGCGAACUGCGGCGUGGGUUACCGUUCCCGGGGACGCAGCAGGGGGCAUCGAGUCCCUGGCGGGAGCUGCGCCAUGGCACUGCUCUCGACCAUCCGGGGCGCGACCUGGGGUCGCCUCGUCACCCGUCAUUUCUCCCAUGCAGCGCGGCGUGGGGAGCGGCCUGGUGGGGAGGAGCUAAGCCGCUUGCUGCUGGAUGACCUGGUGCCGACCUCGCGGCUGGAGCUUCUGUUUGGCCUGUCCCCGUGUCUCCUGGCUCUGCGGGCCGCCCGCCGCUCCGUGGCCCGGCUCCUGCUCCAGGCGGGUAAAGCUGGGCUGCAGGGGGAGCGGGCCGAGCUGCUCCGGAUGGCCGAGGCGCGGGACAUUCCAGUUCUACGGCCCAGACGGCAGAAACUGGACACAAUGUGCCGCUACCAGGUCCACCAGGGUGUCUGCAUGGAGGUGAGCCCGCUGCGGCCCCGGCCUUGGAGUGAGGCCGGGGAGGCGAGCCCAGGCGACGACCCCCAGCAGUUGUGGCUCGUCCUCGAAGGGAUCCAGGAUCCCCGGAAUUUUGGGGCUGUGCUGCGUUCCGCACACUUCCUCGGAGUGGAUAAGGUCAUCACCAGCCGGAGAAACAGCUGCCCGCUCACUCCAGUAGUCAGCAAGGCCAGCGCGGGGGCUAUGGAGGUGAUGGACGUGUUCUCCACCGAUGACCUCACUGGAUUUUUACAGACCAAAGCCCAGCAGGGCUGGCUCGUGGCCGGCACAGUGGGCUGCCCAAGGGCAGAGGAUCCCCAGUCCUCCGAGAUCCCCAUCACGAGUUGCUUGGAGUUCCCCUGGGAUCGGCCUACUCUCCUUGUGCUGGGGAAUGAGGGGUCAGGUCUGUCCCAAGAGGUGCAGGCCUCCUGUCAGCUUCUCCUCACCAUCCUGCCCCGGCGCCAGCUGCCUCCUGGACUUGAGUCCUUGAACGUCUCUGUGGCUGCAGGAAUUCUUCUUCACUCCAUUUGCAGCCAGUGGAAGGGUUUCCCCACAGAAGGGGAGAGAAGGCAACUUCUCCAAGACCCGCAAGAACCCUCAGCCAGGUCUGAAGGACUCAGCGUGGCUCAGCACCCAGGGCUGUCUUCAGGAUCAGAGAAAGAGAGGCAAAAUGAGAGCUGACGUGGACUGUCCACAGUGUUCACAUGCUGGGGUCAGGGACGGCCGCACCUGCCUCCGCCUGCUCCAGUGUGCAGGAGCCUCUGCCUGAGUGUGCACCAGGCCCAUGUUUAUUGACCACGGUCUCGUGGGGAAGGGGACUGCGGUGGAGACCAGAGGAAGCUGUUUCCUGUUGUGAUGUUGGACCUGUAGUAGGACAUGGUAGUUUGUUAAUUUCCAUGGGAAGCCAUGAUGGCCUAGCAUGGAGGGACUCUCCUCCCAGGCCCUGUCUGGAAGUUGAGGGGAAGUCUAGACAUCUGCAGGGAGGCAGGCAGCCCAGCCCAGGGGGCCCGUUCCUCUUGAACCAGUCAUUGCCUGUGGCAAAUGUGUGUGUGAGAAUGUGAGGUGUGGAGGGCAGGGCCCUGACGUGGGGUAGACAGUGCACACGUCAGGCCUACACACGGCCCCACCCUGGGGCCUCGAGCACAGGUCUCAUCUUUCUGUGCCUCUGGACUGUGCACCUACGUCACGGGGUUGUUGUGAGGCUCGAAUAAAACAUCACUCAGCACCUGGGA